AUGUCAAGCACUAGUAAUGUACUCUUUUUAACUGGUGGUAUGGUUGGUGGCCUGGGACUGCUCUACGGCAUAUAUGCGUUAAGUCAACGGCUUGGACAAGCUUCUACGUCGAACAAGGGCAAAACUUCCACUAAAAAAACUAAUUCUGGUGCCGAAUUUGAGGACGAGACUCGUUUUCACGUUAAAAAUAAAGAAAGUCAAAACCUGCUUAAUUUGUUGUAUUCGAUUGCAGAAGAUCAGGCUCGUAAAGCCAACCCACGAUCUGUGCUUCUAAAUGUCUUCUAUCCAGGCAGAUAUACCAAUUUUGGUGAAUUGGCAAGAGAUAAAUUAUAUGAUUUACAGAAAAGGACGCAUUUUGACCAAGUUGAGCUGGAGGCACUUUACGACCAGUUUAGGUCCCUGGCAACUGUUACAGAGGGAGAGGGUGGAAUCGACAAGGGCACAUUCGAACAAUGUUUGGGACCGUUGAGCGUCGAACGGAAUUUAGUUACUGAAAGAAUUUUUCAAUUUUUCGAUCAGGAUGGUGACGACAUUAUAAAUUUCAACGAAUUAGUUGUCGGUUUGUCAAUUCUCUGCAAGGGGAAUCUUGAGGAGAAAAUCGAGUAUGUUUUCAGAGGUUAUGAUCUUAAUGGCGAUGGUUUUAUAAGCCGUGAUGAAUUGCAGCAAAUUUUCAAAGCUUACUUUCACAUAUCGACGGAAUUGGUUCGAGAUGUCGUGAAAGCGAUGGAAGAGGAAAUGUUGGAAAACUAUGACUCUAAACCUAGUCAAUCAGUGGCGACAGCUUUUCAUGCAGCGAUUCCCUCCGAAAAUUAUAUUCAAUACACCAACCAGAAGUCACAAACAGAGGAGGACAAUGAUACGAUAACGUGGCAAGAAAAAACACCGGUGGUGGAGUGCCUAGGCCAAGAUGCCAUAGAAGAGAUUGUUGAAAAGAUAUUCACGUCAAUUGAUACGAAUUCAAGAGGUUAUAUUUCUUAUGAUGAAUUUAAGGAAUAUGUUCAAAGGGAUAAAUCAGUUGUCGCUUGGUUUGACGUCUUUGGAAGGUAA